UCCAUCCAUUGUUUCUGUCCUUGACCACAGCGGCAAUGGGAGAGAGAGAGAGAAAAAAAGAUACCUGAAAUCCACUUUAGCCCGGACCAUUCCGGCCGGCCGGUGAGUGGCCGGCGGGCCCCGCCACCGGCGAUGAUGCCCAGCCAUCCUGCGAGCUUUAUAUAAGCCGCAGGUGAGGGACGCUAGCUUAGCUCACAGCAGCGCGGCGAAACAAGAUUUGCAAAAACUCCUAGGCUUGUGUUUGAUCUCGAGUACAGCAAGUCGAUCGAGAGAGUGAUCUUAAUUUUGUCAGUGAGAAGAGAUGGCGUUUCUGGACGGACUGUACGGCAGCCGGAGGAGGAUGGCGACAGCGAAGGGCGCCGGCGUAGCAGGGAGGCGGCGGUCGUCGUCGGCGGUGGCGGCGCCGCGGCCGGUGAGGCAGCUGUACUGGAAGCUGAGGUCGAGGUUGCGGUCGUCGUCGAAGAGGCACGCCGGCGGCGCGGCGGCGGCGAGGUUCGGGUACGACCUGCAGAGCUACUCCCGCAACUUCGACGACGGCGUCGGCCUCGUCGUCUCCGGCCACCGCUUCUAGGCUCUCUAGCUAGGUAGCUCAUUCGGUUCGAUCCCGAGAUCGCGCGCCCUGCCAUUGCUGGAGACCGGAGAUUAUUGUUCUGGUCUACCUGCAACUCUGCAAGUGGUAUUAGUGUUAGAUUGUACUACUGUUUUUUUUUCAUAGUGCUCAUCUGGGAUGGCAAAAUUAAUGGAGAAACUACGAUCCUAACACGCUCUUGUUCAUGUAUUGUGUACAUAUACUGUAUGGACAGUAUGGUAUGGGAUGUAUAUAUACGUACGUGACACAUGAAUAUAUUCGGUUGCCAUAAUAAGCCUGAAGCUGAAGAUGUUUGUGUAUUAUA